GGCAAUGACCGCGUGGCUCCUGCCAGCGGGUGGGCUUCUCGACGCCGGGUUCUGCGUCCCUGUGUGGCAGCCCUCGUCCAGCCUUUCGAGGGUCCUGCGCUGGCCAGGGCCUCGGCUGCCCGGACUCCUGUUCCUGCUGCUGCUCCCGCCGCCCGCUGCCCUCUCGGCCGUGUUCAAAGUGGGGGUCCUGGGCCCCUGGACUUGUGACCCCAUCUUCGCCCGGGCCCGCCCGGAUCUGGCUGCGGGUCUGGCCACCAACCGCCUGAAUCGUGACCUUGCCCUGGACGGAGGUCCCCGGUUCGAGGUUGCGCUGCUCCCAGAGCCCUGCCUGACCCCGGGCUCUCUGGGGGCUGUGUCCUCUGCGCUGGCUCGAGUCUCUGGCCUGGUGGGUCCAGUGAACCCCGCAGCCUGCCGGCCAGCAGAGCUACUAGCCCAGGAGGCUGGAGUAGCGCUGGUGCCCUGGGGCUGCCCAGGCACGCGGGCGGCUGGCACUACAGCCCCGGCGGUGACCCCCGCUGCAGAUGCCCUCUACGUCCUCCUUAGAGCAUUCCGCUGGGCGCGCGUGUCCCUCAUCACCGCGCCCCAGGACCUGUGGGUGGAGGCGGGACGUGCGCUGUCCACAGCACUCAGGGCCCGGGGCUUGCCGGUUGCCCUAGUAACCUCCAUGGAGCCCUCAGACCUGUCUGGAGCUCGGAAGGCCCUCAGGAGGAUCCGGGAGGGGCCUAGAGUUAGAGUAGUGAUCAUGGUGAUGCACUCGGUGCUGCUGGGAGGCGAGGAACAGCGCUACCUACUGGAAGCUGCAGAAGAGCUGGGACUAACUGAUGGCUCUCUGGUCUUCCUGCCCUUCGACACGCUGCACUAUGCGUUGUCUCCAGGCCCGGAGGCUCUGGCUGCACUUGUCAACAGCUCCCGGCUUCGCAGGGCUCACGAUGCGGUGCUCACACUCACGCGCCACUGUCCUCCGGGAGGCAGCGUGCAGGACAGCCUGCGCAGGGCCCAAGAGCACCAGGAGCUGCCCCCUGACCUCAACCUGCAGCAGGUGUCUCCACUGUUUGGAACCAUCUAUGAUGCUGUCUUCCUGUUGGCUGGAGGAGUGACGAGAGCCAGAGCAGCUGUGGGUGGUGGGUGGGUGUCAGGUGCAUCUGUGGCCCGCCAAGUUCAGGAAGCCCAAGUUUCUGGCUUUUGCGGGGUCCUGGGAAGAACCGAGGAGCCCUCCUUUGUGCUGCUGGACACAGAUGCCUCUGGAGACCGGCUCCUCGCCACACACCUGCUGGAUCCCAUCCGAGGCUCUAUGCGCUCAGCUGGGACCCCUGUGCACUUCCCUCGAGGGGGACCUGCGCCUGGGCCAGACCCUUCCUGCUGGUUCGAUCCAGAUGUGAUCUGCAACGGAGGAGUGGAGCCAGGCCUGGUCUUUGUUGGCUUCCUCCUGGUGAUAGGGGUGGCGCUGACUGGGGCCUUCCUGGCUCAUUACUUGAGGCACAGGCUGCUACACAUGCAGAUGGUCUCCGGACCCAACAAGAUCAUCCUGACUCUGGAAGAUGUUACCUUCCUCCACCCACAGGGGGGCAGCUCUCGGAAGGUGGCCCAGGGCAGUAGAUCGAGUCUGGCUACCCGGAGCACAUCAGACAUUCGCAGUGUCCCCAGCCAGCCCCCAGAGAGCACCAACAUUGGCCUCUAUGAGGGAGACUGGGUUUGGCUGAAGAAAUUUCCAGGGGAUCAUCACAUGGCUAUCAGGCCAGCAACCAAGACGGCCUUCUCCAAGCUGCGGGAGCUUCGGCACGAGAACGUGGUCCUCUACCUGGGGCUCUUCCUGGCAGGGACAGCAGACAGUCCUGCCGCCCCUGGGGAGGGCAUCUUGGCUGUGGUUUCAGAACACUGUGCUCGGGGCUCCCUCCAUGAUCUCCUGGCCCAGAGAGACAUAAAGCUGGACUGGAUGUUCAAGUCUUCGCUCUUGCUGGACCUCAUCAAGGGAAUGAGAUAUCUGCACCAUCGCGGUGUGGCCCACGGGAGGCUUAAGUCUCGGAACUGCGUGGUGGACGGGAGGUUCGUGCUCAAGGUGACAGAUCAUGGCCACGGGCGGCUGCUGGAAGCGCAAAGGGUGCUACCUGAGCCUCCCAGUGCGGAAGAUCAGCUUUGGACAGCCCCAGAGCUGCUUCGGGACCCAGCCCUGGAGCGACGGGGAACACUAGCUGGUGAUGUCUUUAGCCUGGGAAUCAUCAUGCAGGAGGUCGUGUGCCGCAGCACCCCCUAUGCCAUGCUGGAGCUAACACCCGAGGAAGUGAUCCAGAGGGUGCAGAGCCCUCCGCCACUGUGUCGGCCCUUGGUGUCAAUGGACCAGGCACCCAUGGAGUGCAUCCAGCUGAUGACACAGUGCUGGGCUGAGCAGCCAGAACUUCGUCCCUCUAUGGACCACACCUUUGACCUGUUUAAGAGCAUCAACAAGGGCCGGAAAACGAACAUCAUUGACUCCAUGCUUCGGAUGCUAGAGCAGUACUCCAGUAACCUGGAGGACCUGAUCCGAGAACGCACAGAGGAGUUAGAGCAGGAGAAGCAGAAGACAGACAGGCUGCUCACACAGAUGCUGCCUCCAUCUGUGGCUGAGGCCCUGAAGAUGGGGACAUCUGUGGAGCCCGAGUACUUUGAAGAGGUGACACUAUACUUCAGUGACAUUGUGGGCUUCACCACCAUUUCCGCCAUGAGUGAGCCCAUUGAGGUGGUAGACCUGCUUAAUGACCUCUAUACACUCUUUGACGCCAUCAUUGGUGCCCACGAUGUCUAUAAGGUGGAAACAAUUGGAGAUGCCUAUAUGGUGGCCUCCGGGCUGCCACAAAGGAAUGGGCAGCGGCAUGCCGCAGAGAUUGCCAACAUGUCUCUGGACAUCCUCAGUGCCGUAGGCUCUUUCCGCAUGCGCCAUAUGCCUGAGGUCCCAGUGCGCAUCCGCAUUGGCCUGCACUCAGGCCCGUGCGUGGCUGGUGUGGUGGGCCUCACCAUGCCUCGGUACUGCCUGUUUGGGGACACAGUCAACACAGCCUCACGAAUGGAGUCCACUGGGCUGCCUUACCGCAUCCAUGUGAAUACGAGCACUGUUCGGAUUCUUAGUGCGCUGGACCAGGGCUUCCAGAUGGAGCGGCGAGGCCGCACCGAGCUGAAGGGCAAGGGUGCUGAAGACACGUACUGGCUUGUGGGCAGAGUCGGCUUCAACAAGCCCAUUCCCAAACCACCGGAUCUGCAGCCAGGGGCCAGCAACCAUGGCAUCAGCCUGCAGGAGAUUCCCCCAGAGAGGCGCAGGAAGCUGGAGAAAGCCAGGCCAGGCCAGUUCACUGGGAAGUGAUGCUCCCUGGGGACAGGACUAUUGUGCAAGGUCCUUCCUGAAGUUGCUGCUAUCCGUCAGACUGAUGCUGGCUGAUGUCGGCUUAUAUGUCAGCUUCUGUCCAGUUCCGCCUCCAAGGAUUCUGAGCCAGGAGCCUGCUGCAAGCCAGCAUGUGACCUUGGGAAGAUCUGAAGUGCUCUCCAGGCUCCCCUCAGCGGUAGAAUGAGGGGGGCUAAGUGGUUUCCACCACCCUGUGGCUCUUACAGUGAGGCUUUCGAGUGGCUGGCCUUGGGAUUCAGGGCACUGUGGCAUAUGGCCCUCAGCUCCAAGAACCCUGAGCUCCACUCUCUGGGCCCUGUGAGACUCCAGAAGUGAGCAUCUGGGAUCAGAAACCCCAGAGGACGUGGAGGCCUCGUGUUCUACAGGUCAGGGGUCAUUAUGUGGCCUGGAAAGGCCAGGGCUUCUGUAUAGCAUCCAUCCUGCUCCCUCUCCAUCACUCAUGGUCAGAAACUGGUCCCUUCUCCAAUGGGCAGAACCAAAUCACUUGCCCAAGUGCAGAGAAAAGCUUGCUUUGAUGCUCUGGGGGAGGGAAACUAGCUGCACCCAAACUUUGCUAACCAGAAUGGCAGAUGAAUAGUUUAUUAUCUACUUAGCUGGGUACUGGUGAAAUGAUAAUAAUAAAAUAAACAUUUCCCCUGAGAUCUUUGCAACAAACAUCCACACCUAGUCCUGACAAAUCCCCCACUGAAGUUUCCUUUGUGGAGCUCUGAGGUGACAGCGCCUGGACUUUGAAAUGUUCACUCUAGCUGUCUCUGUCGUUGGCACAGUUUCUGGAGGAAGUUGGCAGCAGACACCCACUAGGUAGUGAGUGUCCAGGACCUGGUCAGGCAAACAGGAUGGAGAUGGUGUUGGCAGAAUCUGAAAGAGAUGAAAUCAAGUCCUCACUAAGAGAGGCACAGCUGGUAGGCCAGCAGCAUCAGCAUCGUCUGGGAGACUGUUAGACUCACAGAGCCUCAGUCCCCCCCCCCACACACACACAGAAUCGAGUCUGCCUGUGAAGGAAGCCCCUUAAAGCUGCACAGGCCCACAAUGAGAAUGGGCAGGACAAAUUGGUUUGAUUUGGCUCAUGGGAUGUUUUGUUUUGAGCUAGCAUAUGGAAAUCAAUUUAAAAGUGGUACACACAUACCCUACACACAUAUACUUACAUGUGUGCUGGGGGUGAGGGGCAGGUGUGGUAGCACAUGCACACCUUCAGUGCUAGCACUGAACAGGCAGAGGCAGGUGGAUCUCUGAGAGUUUGAAGCCAGCCUGGUCUACAGAGUGAGCUCCAGGCCCACCAGAGCUGCCAGUAAGAACCUGUCUAAACAAAACAACUAUGUGUAGUUAUAGGGCUAGAUUAACUUUCUUUAAAAAAAAAUGUAGUUACCCCUGAGUAUCUAUAAGGCAUCAAUUCAAGGACUGUAGUGGAUACCAAAUUCCUUGGAUCUCAAGUCCUUUAUAUAAGACAUAACUUAAAAAAUUUUUUUUCAAGACAGGGUUUCUCUGUGUAGCUCUGUUUACCAGGCUGGCCUUGAACUCACAGAGGUCUGCCUGCCUCUGCCUCCCGAGUGUUGUUAAAGGCAUGCGCCACCACCAUCCAGCUAAGAUAUAACUUUUUAUACAGUGCCGAUGCACUUUUUCCUGUGUACUUAAGUAAUUUCUUCAUUAUUUGUAAUAUAUAUGGUAGAGAUAAUGACAAGAAAAAAGUAGUACAUGCUCAGUGCAGAUACACCUUCCUAGGCCUAACUGCACAGCACAGAUUCAUGGUUGGCUGUGUUGACAUAAAAACCGCAGCUCUCAUCAUAAGGGGAGUAAGAGGUAAUUUAUGCUGGGGCUGUUUUGAGUGACCAUGGCCUGGGAACACAGAUUUUGGUUACCCCAGAUUCCAUGCUCCAACAUGGAAGCAGUUUCAUAAGGUUUUUAUAUUUUUACAGAAAGAAGGAAGUCACAAAUCAAGCCAACUUUAAAACGCAUCAGUGGAUGGGCCAGAGAGGUGGAUUCAGUGAGAUGGGGAGCUAGUCUCAAGGCCGAGAUGCUGCUUUAUGACAUUCCUGGCUCGUGGAGUGGUGGACGCUAGUGUUCUAAGCUUCUAAGAGGGUUUUUGUUUGUUUGUUUUGUUUUGUUUUGUUUUGUUUUGUUUUGAGACAGGGUUUCUCUGUGUAGCCCUGGCUGUCCUGGAACUCACUCUGUAGAGCAGGCUGGCCUCGAACUCACAGAGAUCCACCUGCCUCUGCCUCCCCAGUGCUGGUGUGCCACCACUGCCCGGCUGAAGUUUUUACUUAUUAUCACAAGAUAUUAGUUUGGAUACAGAGUGGGACAGGAAUGGCUGUUCCAACAGGAUAGAACUAGCUCAAGAUAAAGUAAUUUGCCUCUGAACAAAAUUCCAAUCUCCACAGUAGUGAAAUUCCAGUUCCUGGAGUUUCUUGGUCACGGGCUGACGGGCUUCUUUUCAGGAAUUUUUGUUCACAACCGAAUCCAUGGAUGUGGCAUCGGGAAAUGCAAAGGCCUGACUAUCCUAGACGCCCCCCUUUUCCCUGAAAUUGAAAACGCCAUGUGGGGCUUGCAUCAUCCCUUGGCCAAAGUCACUUUGAUCCAGGUGUCACCCCUCCGGUUCUCACGGUCCUCACUAACCCUAAUAACCACAAACACCACAGCUUCUUUUGUGAACACCCUUUGUCUGGCAUCUGUACACAUUAAGCCUAGAAUGUUAAGAUCACAGCUACUUUUAGAGCCUGCUUUUUCCUCCUCUUCCUUCUCCUUUUAUACUGAUUAAUGGCUUCUUCCCCUUUCCUGAUUGAAAAAAAAAGUGUAGUACUUUCAGUUCUAGUUAGCUAAGUGAUGCUGUUGUGACUAUUUGGUACAAUUUAAAAAUUUUUAACUAUAUUCAUAAAUGAUGAGUUAAAGCUGAAAACAAAGCAAAAAACAUUUAGUGUGCACACUUGCACAGCAAUUUAAAAAUGUACUUACAUAUUUAACUAUCUUUCAUAAAAGUUUUCUCUGUACUUGGGUUCCAGGGUUGAAGGGCAGAUUCCAAAUUGCUGGCCUUGGACCUGACUGGGAAUUAGCUGUCAAGAAUCCUCCCCUUCCUUCCCCCCUGUUCUUUCCCAUGCUUCCUCCUCUUCCUGCUUGGGGCAUGGAGUCACUCCUAGUGUGUAAUUCAGGAAGUCUCAAGAAGAGUUACCCUGGGUUCGGUGCUGGAGGACUAGCCUGGGCAGGCUUGGGCAGGGCACCCCAAAAGAAGGGAGGGAUAGGCUGAAGUCCAUGCUUAGCUUGAGGCUGGAAGAGUGGGCAAGGCUCGGCAGGUCCAUCAAUUCCUUUCCCUCGGCAUCAUUUCCAGGCCAGCUGGUAAUGGUCUCAGGCCACUAGAUGGGAUGGACUUAGAAGCUAGGCCCUUGCUCCAGAAUCAAAGACAGUGGGAGAAAGGGAAGAAAGGUUAAAAGGUUCCUCACAGACCUCUCUGUCCUUCACUUUCCUCCAUUUCCCCCGUGCCCCCUUCUCUGUCCAUGUUCCCCUUCUAUACCCUAGAGCCCUCUUUGCCCUGUUCCUCCCUGCCUUUCUCUGAAGCUUCCCUCAUUUCUGAGGAGCCCCCCCCUCCAAUGACGUUUAGAUUACUAGCUGUCAAUCUUAGAGCCCUGACUCAAAUAUUCCCUGCCUCCCAUUCUGUUGUCUCCAGACCCAGGCAACUCCCAGCCCAUUAAAGCACCUGACGUGGUCACUGGACACCCCACAUUUUCAGGUGUGUUUUUACUACCUCGGCCAGUUGGCAUGCCCCAGAAGCCCACACUUGGGCCUGUUUUGCCUUUGGGGUGGCUCUGUAGCUGAGACUCACCAUAGCCAAAGCAGGGACUUGCCCCAGCUGCUGAGUGGAUUCCAAGGCAUACCCCAGGGCUCACUCGCGUCUUUCCUGCGUGCUGCUGCUUCAGUCUGGGUCCUGCUCUGCCUGCUUAUAUGGGGUGAGACCCAGGGACCCCCCUUGGGGAAGUGGGGUGAGCUGCAACUUGGCAAGGGCAUGUAACACAACAUUAUAGGGUCAACCGUGUUGACAGGGAUCUUCUGGACUUUGUACCCGGCAUCCCAAGUGGUGUAUCCUGGUGUUUGGGUCCUGGGAUGGUGAAGGUUGAAAUAACAGUAUGGUUCCUUCCAUCACAUGGGAUGUGGUCCUGUUAAUCCCACUGGAUGGGAAUAAAACCACUACCACAGUUUCGGGCCAAA